UCAGGUGACCGCAAAAACAAUUACCCUUCACAUUCGUGUAAUUAAUGGAAUAUUUUCAUUUAUAAAUUUUAUCUGUUGUAAUUGACUGAAAUAUACUCUGACCAGUUUAUAUUCGGUCCAUUGAAUUCUUACGUAAAGUAUUAUAUAGGCCCCAGUUUAAUUAACAACGUACAUUGUUAGAUUGUACAUCAAACACACACAAUGUGGUUCAUAUGUUUAAGUUUAGUGACAUUCGCCUCAGUGAUACGAGGUGAGGAUAGUGAGUACUACGCUCCGCAGACAUUUAAACAGACAGAUUCCUACAAUAAGGCUGCGUUCACACCGGCUCAGAAUGACGUCACUCCGCAGAGUUCCAACCCACAGUCUUGGAGACCAGGCCCUUCUAGCGAUGAUUGGAAAGCACCAGACCAAUGGGUACGCAAAGAACAACAAGCUUCUAUAUUACAUCAUAAGCAAGCACUGACAUCAGAUGGCAGUUUUAGAUUCGAGUACGCGUCAGACAACGGUCUGGCGGCCGGCGAGGUGAUAGAACCAGACGGGUCUCGUGUCGGCGCCUACCAAUACAAGGAUCCUUCCGGACAGCUUGUCAAACUCAAGUAUAGAGCUGGAAAGGAAGGAUUCCAGAUUUUAGAAGGCAGUCAUCUACCCCAGAGUCCUCAACCGCAGCAACCAGAUAACUACUAUCAAAAUGCGUACGCGCAACAAAAACAGUACGAUCAGCAGCAAUAUACCCAAAGACCAGAGACCAGCCAGGACUGGACUCCACAGAAUCAGGCUGCCAGUGGCAGUCAAGGAGCUGGUGGACAGUACUACAAUCAGAAUUGGAAGUCAGAUAAUCAGGAUGGCCAUUACCGAGACAACGAGCUAAUGGAACAUAGACCUCAUUCGUUCGGCGGAGGUUACGCGUUUGCUUUCAAAGGAUAAAGAUGGCGCUGUAAAACAUUGGCGAAAACAAAACCUUGUUUAAAUAAAAAUUAUAUAAU